AUGAAGAUAUCAUUUGGUCUAUCGGUCAAUAAAGAGGCGGUAAAGCCCCCAAAGGACACUGCCAAGGUUGCCAAUAUUUUUUCAGCGACAGCAGAGGCUCCAAAAGUCAUUAAAAGGAGCAUUUUGGAGAUUACAAACGGGUCAUUUAAGGAGGAAGGUGGCCCUGAAGAAUCCGUAAAGGAUGAAUACGUCAUCCCCUGCAAGAAUAGCCUCGAAGAUUUAAAACAAACUCCCUCUGAGGAACAGGCCUCGUUGCCGAAAAUACAACUCAAGUUUGGUCUCAACAUUUUGAAUGUUAAAAGGGUAAAGGAUGGAGGUAACGCAGAGUGCGCAAAGGAUGAGGAAAAGACUAGAAAAUCGGAAGCGCCAGAAAGCGAUCCAUCAGCGGUUGUUCCGUCAACACUCGCCAAAGACAGCGACUCUUACGCCGCGAAUUUGAUUAUAAAGGAGACGAAUGAAGCAAUGCUGAAUGAUCUGUUUGGGAUCACUGAACAGGAUUUGGCGGAAAAGGCAUCAAAGACUGUCCCUAUACUCCUGAGAAAGGGGGCUAAUGGCGAUUCAGAGGGAAAACAAGACGCUAAAAUGUACGAUAAAAUGCCAGUCGAGAACUUUGGCCUCGCAAUGCUCUUGGGUAUGGGAUUUGACCCCAAAAGUAACUUUAAAAAGCCAAGAGAAUAUAAAAAGAGAGUUUACGAGCGAGGUGGGCUAGGUUCAGAUGCAGCAAUGAAGAAUAACAUGGACAUGCUUUUGAAUGCAAAGCUAAUGGCGAAUGUAAAGAGCAAUUCAGACGUCACUCUAUUCCCUGGACUAGUGCUCAAGGUCAUUGACAAAAAGAGCAGCCAUUAUAGAAGAAAGGGAGUCGUUACAAAAGUCUGCGGAUCGGCUGUAACUCUCUCUCUACUCUCUGACGACCAAGCUACGACUGGUGAGUCCAUAGACAUUAUGAGCAAGUAUUUGGAGACUAUUGUGGUCGCUGGAAGCAACUGCAAGGUCGUUCGCAAGAUUAAUAAUCGGCAAGGCAAAGAAGAGAUACAAGUAGGCUCGCUUGUAAAUGUGCUGAGUAUACACGACGGAUCAGCAAAAGUGUCCCAUAAUGGGAGCGUAUUGUACACAUCAAUGGACAAUAUUUGUGGAUUCUCAAGGGUCCCUCAAUGA